AUAAAGUAAAAAGAAAAGAUAAAAGAUUAGAAAGGGAGAAAAAUAACAAAAAGGUCCCUGGAGUAAGAAUGACCAUCACUUCUAGAAUCCUCUGUUGACCUAAUCAGCUGAGAGAGGCAAGAUGGCGUCUGUGGCGAGACCCGGCUUUAUGGCCCAACUGACCAAUGCUGCCAAGCGCUUUGUGUUCCGCGCCUCGGCCUUCAACCAGAUGGGUCUGUACCACGAUGACUGUCUGUAUGAGAACAGUGACGUGCAGGAGGCGCUGAGGAGGUUACCACAGUCUAUCACCGACGACCGCAACUUCAGAAUGCAGCGUGCACUCCACCUCUCCCUCACCAAGAAGAUUCUGCCCAAGGAGGAGUGGAUUUCAUACGAAGAGGACAGAGCGAAGGGCCGUUACCUGCAGCCUUACCUGGAGGAAGUGAUCAGAGAGAGGAAGGAACGAGAGGAAUGGAACAAGAAGUGAAAUGCUCUCCAUCAUUUAGGUUAUUCUUCCACUAAACUGCCCUCCUCCAUAUCUUUGUGAUUCUCCACUUCUCCCUAGCCUUCACUCUCCUCCUUCCCCAUAACUCAAUUAUUUAACUAUUUCUUAUCGUUUUUCUUAUUUAUUUUCUAUUAUAUCUUUAUCCUCCAUCUUUAUCCCUUCUCUUUCUGCCUCCUUACUCGUCAAUCUAUAUUAUUCUCUCCCUUUUUUUAUUCUAGCUUUCUUUCCAGCUCCUAUAGAUUUGUUCCUUACACUCUACAUUCUCCUUCUCUUCCCAGUAUCCCUUAUAUUCUCACUUCGAGGCGCUGUACAGUUUGGUGUUAGUGAGGGGAGGGCAGAGUGAGGCUCCUCCAGGCCUUGCUAUAGUCUAUCCUGUGUAUAUUGACCCCCAAGUGAGCCUGUUGCUGUAACAAUACAAAUACAUUAUGGUAAAGUUA